GUAAAUAGUGAUGAUGUCAUGCAGGCAACAUGGCGGAAGGGGAGGACGUGGGGUGGUGGCGGAGCUGGCUGCAGCAGAGCUACCAGACAGUCAAAGAGAAGUCCUCUGAAGCUUUGGAGUUCAUGAAGCGGGACCUGACAGAAUUUACCCAGGUGGUACAGCAUGACACAGCCUGCACCAUCGCAGCCACAGCCAGUGUGGUCAAGGAGAAGCUGGCUACUGAAGGUUCCUCUGGGGCCACAGAAAAAAUGAAGAAAGGGCUAUCUGACUUCUUAGGGGUAAUCUCGGACACCUUUGCUCCCUCACCGGACAAAACCAUUGACUGUGAUGUCAUCACCCUGAUGGGCACACCCUCCGGCACAGCUGAGCCCUAUGAUUGCACCAAGGCUCGCCUCUAUAGUCUGCAGUCAGACCCUGCAACCUACUGCAACGAACCUGAUGGGCCCCCGGAAUUGUUUGACGCCUGGCUUUCCCAGUUCUGCUUGGAGGAGAAGAAGGGGGAGAUCUCAGAGCUCCUUGUAGGCAGCCCCUCCAUCCGGGCCCUCUACACCAAGAUGGUUCCAGCAGCUGUUUCCCAUUCAGAAUUCUGGCUUCGGUAUUUCUAUAAAGUCCAUCAACUUGAACAGGAACAGGCCCGGAGGGAUGCCCUGAAACAGCGUGCAGGGCAGAGCAUCUCUGAAGAGCCUGGCUGGGAGGAGGAAGAAGAGGAGCUUGAGGGCAUUUUACCAUCUCCAAAAGAAGCAAAAGUUACAAAAGAGACCAAAACUUCCACAUCCCCUGAAGGUGGGCCUGGCACCCAGAGUCCCUGUGUAGAGACUUCAGUGGAGCCCCCUACAGAAGUGACUCCAUCAGAGAGCAGCGAGAGCGUCUCCCUUGUGACACAGAUUGCCAAUCCUGCCACCGCACCUGAGGCACCAGUACUGCCCAAAGACCUGUCCCAAAAGCUGCUGGAGGCAUCUUUGGAGGAACAGAGCCUGCCUGAGGAUGAGGGAGAGACUGGACCCCCACCACCAGUUCCCUCCAAGCCCCCAAUCCCUGCAGGCCGCCCUAGCGGCCCAGAGCCCAGGCCUCCAGCUAGAGUAGAGACUCUGAAGGAGGAGGCACCCACAGACUUACGAGUGUUCGAGCUGAACUCAGACAGUGGGAAGUCUACACCCUCCAACAAUGGCAAGAAAGGCUCAAGCACGGACAUCAGUGAGGACUGGGAAAAGGACUUUGACUUGGACAUGACUGAAGAAGAAGUGCAGAUGGCACUUUCCAGAGUGGAUGCCUCUGGUGAGCUGGAAGAUGUAGAGUGGGAGGAUUGGGAAUGAGGGGAGCCAGAACAAGCAGCUCCCCACCCACGGCGCAGGCUACCUCCCUUGCUCGACUCAGCCCAGCCCUGGAAGACACUGACUGAGAAUGUCCCCCCACUGGCCUUUCAUCCAGAACUCGGUACAGAUUCUGGUGACUCCCUGCUGGCCCUCUGGGUCCCUGCUCACACCUUGGAAGAGCCUUUCUAAAUACAUACCCAGAAUUCUGACUUGUGCCAACCUUAGGAUGAUCUAAGGGGAACGACCCCUACCCCAUCACCGGAGAGCCUGCGUUUCUCUGCUGAACACCCACUUCUGCUGGGAAGCCCCAUGGCAUAGCUCUGGCUCUUCUGCACAGAGACGGAAGCUGAACCAUGGGUCUCUUUGAGGGAGCCAGGACAACAGACUCUACCCAUAAGUCAGCAAGGAAGACUGUACCAUGCCACCUGCCCUUGGCUACACAGGGACAGGAACACGUUUGGUUCUUGCCCAGUGGGUAAGAGGCAAUCAUCUCUGGGAAAUUUGCCUCUCUCUGGAAUCUCCUUCUAAGAAUUUUCCACUCCUAAAAAGGUCCUUUGGGGUUCAGAAUCUAAGACCAAACCUUGACCCUCCUCUAGUCCAUCCCCACACCUUCCCAGGACUUUUUCAUGUCAGAUGCACCCAAGUCCUUAGCCCAGCUGUUCCACUGCAAGAAUCUGCUCUUGUAUUUCUUUCCCUCCCUGAGAAGGGAGGGAGCCACUUUCAGGCCCUUCUGUGCAUUGCCUGGCAGAUAACCUGCUCUAAGCAGCUGCCUACCUUGACUCCCAAAGCAUAGGACACACUAGCUAUGAACUGUAUGGAGUGGUGAGCAGAGGCGAGUAUUCACAGUCCAUCAUCAGGCCAGCUUCUCCUCAGCCUUCUGCUCCUAAGGGACAUGCUGGGGUGAGCAUCCUGAGACUCGGCGGUCUUCUGCAGAGGCUCUCCUUCCUGAAGACAGAGCCAGCCUGGGACACUCACCAUCUUGGGACAGUGAGGGCUGCACAAAGACCUGGUGCUUCACGAUGCUGCUCUAGUGGUUAUUGUAUAUAAGCUGAUGUAUCCACCAGUGACUUAAAGGGAUCUCGGUCACGGGCACCAUGAGUGAUGGGCGCUUCAAACCUUCAGUAAGGGGGUAGGUAGGAUGGAAAGAAUGCUGAAUUAAUUAACCUUUUGGUUGUUUGUGCAAUAUUAUAUAUUUUAAAUUAUAAUGCAUCUCCCCAGAGUAUUUUGUAGCCAGGAAAAGAAAAAAAAAAAGAAAAGAAAAAAAAAAGAUUCUAACAGCUGUUAGUUUUAUAAUUAAAAAGGAACAAAAAAGAACUUUGUCCUGAACCUUUUACAGAGAUUUGCCACAACAGCAUUAAAAAGAUUCAAAAGAA